AAUUAAAAAUUAAAAAUUAAAAAUUUAGAUUUGUGUUAAAUUAGAUUUGUGUUCCAGACAGUGUUCGGUCCUCUCCUCUCGGUUCUAGCAGCCCAGUCGCACGCCAUCGUGCACCACACGCCAUCGCCGUCGCCUACGCUGCACGCCGUCGCCGUUGCCCACGCCGCACGCCGUCGCCGUUACCCACACCGCACGACGUCGCCGUUGCCCACGCCACACACUGUCUGCCUGUCCAGCUCGCCCCCCUCCCUCUCACUCUCAGUCUUCCUGGUAGUGGUUCCGAAGUCCCUCUCAGCUCAGACCUCAGUGAGCUCGCGAUCUCGAUUUGCCCUCUCACUCUGAGUUCCGUGUGACGACAUCAACGGUCAAUCUCCCUCUCUUCUCUCAGGCAAUCAGACCCCGGCGAUCUGCGAUUCUGCAUCUUUCUUUUCACAUUACCCGGCCCGUUGACGACCCGCCCGAACCCGGCCCGCCCGCCCGUUUUGCCACCCCUAUUCCUUAGCAAAGAAGAAAAUAAAAAAAAUAAAAAUAAAAAAUUAACUCCAAGCUCCGGUUCUGAUCUCAAUUGCAGUCGUCACCGCAGUCCUCUACCCCAUCCUCUGCCGCAGCAUCAAUGGCGGCUUCGGCCUCCUCUCCGGCCACCACCAACAUCAUGCUCGCCAUUUACGAGAAGAAGACCGUGCCGGUCGAUCUCUACCGUCCUCUCCGCCAGUACAUCUGCUUCACCUACUCCGAGCGCGAGGCCCAGUCCCUCGAAGACGACCUCCAAUUGGUCAAGCAAAUGCGAUCCGAUCUCGAGCGCCCGGCCGAUUCUCCUGCCGCCCGCCGCGACCUCCUUCAGAACUACUACAAAGCCCUCUGCGUCAUGGAGACUCGCUUCCCGAUCUCCCCUGACAAGGACCACAUCAACGCCAUUACUUUCCAGUGGCACGACGCCUUCAAGCAGAAGCAGAAGGCGUCGCAGCAGAACAUCCACUUGGAGAAGGCCGCCGUGCUGUUCAAUCUUGCGGCUGUGCACAGCCAGAUUGCGCUCACGUAUGAUCGGUCCUCCAUCGAAGGCCGGCGACAGGCGUCCCACGCCUUUAUUGCCGCCGCAGGGGCUUUUGCGUUCUUGAGGGAUAAUGCUGCCAUGAAGGCGUCGAUCGGAAUCUCGACGACGGUGGACUUGUCGGUGGAGUGCGCGGGGAUGUUGGAGAGGCUUAUGCUUGCGCAGGCGCAGGAGUGUGUGUUUGAGAAUACGAUUGCUAAGGGGAGCACGCCUGGUGUUUGUGCUAAGAUAUCCAAGCAGGUUGGGCUCUACUAUGAAGAAGCUUUUGCAGCGCUUGUUGUUGCACCUCUCAACCAGCAUUUUGAUAAAACCUGGAUGUCUCAUGUGCAAUUGAAGGCAGCCUUGUUUCAUGCAGAAGCUUGCUAUAGAUAUAGUUUAGAGCUUCAUGAGAAAGAAGAUAUUGCGGAGGAAAUAGCUAGGUUGAAGAGUGGAAUUAGUGCUUUAUCUGAAGUGAAAAAAGCUUCAAAGGGUGCUGCAGCACAGAUUCUAGAUGCAAUUAAUAAGUUGGAGGCAAAUCUAAAUCGUAACCUGGAGAGGGCUGUAAAAGAGAAUGAUAGAGUUUAUCUCAUGAGGGUUCCUUCCCCAAAUUCUUUGCCGCCUCUUCCAGCAAUUUCCUUGGUGAAAUCGAUGCCAAUGAAUGAAGUCUUGGAUGCAAGCAAGGAGAAGAUGUUUUCGACUCUUGUUCCUGACAGCAGUGCGAAAGCUCUUUCUAGGUACACUGAAAUGGUUGAUGACAUCAUCAGAACACAAGCUGAGAAACUGCAAGAAGGGAGUGAGCUAGCCCGAGUAAGGCUCAAGGAAAUGGACCUUCCUGAUUCUAUUCUUGCUUUGGAAGGGAAUUUUACUCUUCCCGCAGAUCUUAAAGAAGACGUGGAGGCAGUUCAGAUCAGUGGGGGACCAGCUGGUUUGGAAGCUGAGUUACAGCAACUUCGGGACCUAAGGAGGGUGAACCAGGAAUUGCUUGUUCAGACAGAGGAACUCUUGCAGAAAGAAUCCAGGGAAGAUGCUCAGUUCAGGAGUCAGUUUGGAACGCGGUGGACGAGGCCCCAGUCCAGUACUCUGACAAAGAACUUGCAGGAUAGGUUGAAUAGAUUUGCAGCAAACUUGAAGCAAGCUGCAGAGAGUGAUGCACGAAUUGAGCGAGCAGUUAGAGAUCAUUCAGCCCUUAUGUCAAUUCUUGAU